CAAGUGCCGGAUUAAGGCAUUUUCCGCCUUACCUGGCAGCUUACCUCAGCACGCUUCAGCCUUCGCCACCUGCGACGUUGAUUUCAACCACCCUGCCACCGCCCUUGAUUACGCUUUUUUCUUUCCCUUUCAUCAACCCCUUCACAAAGUCUUCCUCCUGCACGAAGUCGUUUGGACCACGAUAUCGCUUCUUCCAGCGCUUGCGAACCUGUUGCUCCUUUGCCAGCGACCACGCGACGACGACUUCCUGACCGACAGUUCCUAGAUCUGAGCUUCCUCCGCGAAAACCUCAGACGCCUUCAUUGGUUUCCGAACAGUCGGCGGAGCAGAGUAGGCUCAUUCCCUCGUUACACACGCGCAUACGGUGCCCUAGUUUUAUUCUGGGCGCUUUUCGAAUCCCUUUCGCCGUCAUUUUCUAAGCCAACAGAGAGUGCAAGCUCGGCAGCUCGUAGUUUUUGUUUUUCACUUGUUGGUACCUCGCGACCCUCUUCGUGAAACCAGCGUCCUGCAACAUCCUUUUUGACAUUUGACUAAGGCACAUAAAAAGCAUCAAGUUUUUCCUCAAAAUAUAAAAAAGAACACAAAAAAAAAGAGGACAGAGCAAAGCAAAUAGCGGCAGAGAAACCACAGUUGCAAGCCAUCAGCAACCUGCGUCACCUCCCACAUUGCUGCUACUCUUCGUCGUGAUCCCACUCCUCGUGCAACCAAAAAGCCCCAGCAAUCACACAGCAGCCUCAGCUCUCCGCUGUUCCAGUGAAUCUUUGCGAGGCUCACCGACCAGCCCUUGUUCUUCUCAACCGUCAAGCUGCAUUCGCCACUCUUUGUCCAGUUUCAUCAAGAUCGUCUCUGGCUUGACGUUGAUCGCAGUAACGCUUCGAAAAUCCUAAGGGCUGUUAACAACAAGGCAUAUCAGCUUCGCAUUAAGAAACGAGCGGCGAAAAUUUCACGAAAGGUCUUCAACGAAGUCACCAAUAUCUAUACGCCCAAGCCGUACGAAGCCAAGAUGGUGCCGCCACCGGGUGCUGAUUCCGGGGGGUAUCAAGAAGACUUGAGCAAUACGCUAUGCUGUCCUGACUGCCGAGAAAUUCCACCCAAUCUGGUUGAAGAAUUCUCGAGCGGCGAUGUAGUGUGCACUAGUUGUGGUCGCGUCGUUGGCUCUCGAAUCAUCGAUACCAGAUCCGAAUGGCGUACCUUUGCAAACGAUGAUCAGAAUGGCGACGACCCCAGUCGUGUUGGUGGACCACGAGACGAGUUUGUGGAUGAUGAGCAGCUCGCAACUACAGUGGCCUUUGGUGAAUCAAAGGCGCACAAGAUUCUAUCGCGCACGCAGAACAAUGCCAACCAGGACAAGCAGCAGAAGGGAUUGAUGCAGGCAUACAAGGAGAUUGUUUCACUCUGUGAGGCUAUUAACAUGGGCCAGAACGUCUCCAACGCUGCCAAGCACAUCUUCAAGCUUGUCGACAAGCACAAGUUUAUGAAGGGCAAGCCUCAGGAGGCUGUUAUUGCCGGUUGCAUUUUCAUUGCAUGCCGACAGAACAAUGUCCCUCGUACGUUCAGGGAAAUUUUCAACCUAACCAGCGUCAGCAAAAAGGAAGUUGGGAGGGUCUUUAAACAGCUGCAGAAUUUCUUGCAGAAGCUCCAAGAAACAGAAGGCGAGGGCGCCACUGGUCUCAACACAGUCACCAACUACGAGAACACGUCUGUUGGUGCCGAAGAUUUGUGUGGACGUUAUGUGUCCCAACUGGGCUUCAAGCAGCAGCAAAAGAUUGCCAAGGUGUCCAAGGAGUUGGCAGAGCAAGCCAAUAACAUUGCGGCGCUGGCUGGACGAUCCCCGCUCUCUGUCGCAGCGGCAUGCAUCUACAUGGCCUGUCACCUUGUCGGCGAGAAGCGACCUUCUGCUCUUAUUGCGAAGCAGGCAGGCGUAAGCGACGGAACAGUUAAGACGGCGUACAAGUUACUCUUUGCAUCUAGAGAGCAGCUCGUCAAGCAGCAGUGGCUUGAUGAGGGCAUGAGCAUGGAUAACAUCCCCCAGGUGCAGCAAACUUAGAGAACGCGGCACCGGGUCUUGAACAUGAUAGGGCAUUGUCAAGAAAUGCCAUUGGUGGUGUGAUUGAGGAUGCUGUGAGCUGCAGGCCAGCUACUCAAUGCGCUUUUGGACUUGUUUUUCUUUUUGCGUUUUGUUUUCAUCUCGAGGCAUUUUGCUUUUCUUCACCAUUCUGAUGGAAAACGGGGAGUUGUUCUUCUAUUUAUAAACAUACAAUACCGUGGGCGUCUUUGCUUUUAUAUUUCAUAGUGUGUCGUUGCUGCUUCGAUUGCUUUUUAUUCGAUGAGGAACGACGUUGAGUGUGGUAUACCACAAUGCUAGCCACAGGGGGACAUUUUACUGCAAAUUUAUGCACGUUUUACGCAUUGCUAUGCUUGUUUUUCUUUUGAUAAAUCGUAACAAUGGACAAUGUAUUUCGCCGUUGCAGACAGAAUGAAUACACCGUAUAGCGGCCUGUGCAUUAAGACGAUCAGUGCUUUGGUGAUGUGACUCGCUCUAUUUGACACGCUGGCGAUUGCGCUCCGAGACCCGGCCCGUAGUUUUUUUGGUUUUAUGAUGCAGCCUGCAUUGGUGACACGAUUGCUUACAUUGGCAUCUUUUCCGACCGCUGCUACAGUAGCCCAUUGAGAAUACUCAGGCCACGGUGCAUGCUUUUCAAUGGUACUGAUGUGACGAAGCUUGCCGCUCGAUUUACGCGAUUGGGG